AUCGCUCCGAAGGUCACCUGUGACGAACUGCCACUCAUCGGUGCGAUGUCCACCAACAUCAACAGAAGACGUGUUCUGGAUCUUUACAAGCGGCUCCAGUACCUCGGACGUGAGUACCCCGGUGGAGCGGAAAAAUUCCGACAGAAGUGCUACGGCGCCUUCAAGCGGCAGAGCACCGAAACGAACCCGGGGAAGAUCGAGAAGGCGAUCAGCCUGGGCGAGUAUGUGAUUAAGGAGAUCGAAGCGUUGUACAGCCUGCGGAAGUAUCGUGCUAUGAAGAAGCGGUACUACGAUAAUUGACCAUGGGUCUCAGUCAACUUAUGGGUUGUGCAAUGCUUGGGAUUGUUUAAGGCGAAUAGUUUUUUGUCACAAGACCUACUUUUAGUCAAUAAUAUCAAUUACUUUCAUAUAGUGUAGUUAAUAAUUUUUUCAAUAAAUUUAGUACAGAAAAAAAUCUAGAAAGAGAACUGCGGAGACUUUAGGAUAGUUUAGCUGUCAAAAAGGAAUCCAAUCGAACAAGGGCCUAUGUCAGCGUUGGACGUGUUGCCAUAUAAUGCCGGGACGUUUUGUUUUUAGAGUUUUUUUUCUAGAUUAGUUUAACUUGGACUCGUUCCACAAAGGUAACUCGUAACCUUCCGGCAGCUGCUUUUCGAGCGCGAUUUUGCCAAGGUGCUGAAAAAAAGUAUUUAUGUUCAUGAAGCAGGGAUGGCAUACACCUCACAUCAUAUCAAAAUAAUAAAAACGAUCUUUGCACUUACCGUGAAAA